AUAUGAUAAUCAAUUCUUUUGAAGAUGAUGAAUUUAUAGAAUUGAAGGAUUAUAUUGAUUAUUUUCGGCCGAUGGUAAAACAAUUAUCCAAGAACUGUGAAGUUGAACCUCGAGAUGGCAAUAAUUUUAAUGUUAUACAAGAAACCAAAGAAAAGUUAAUAAAUUAUUUUAAAAAUAAGGAAAGAGCAGUUCCAGUGGAUCAAAAAAAUAAUUUAAUUUAUUAUAGACCUAAGGAGGCUGUAUAUCAAGAAAUAAUUCAUUUAUACAAUUCUGAAG